GCUGCCUGCACGUACGUACAUGUACAUUGUACUAGUAUUUAUGUACGUGUACUGUACUAAAUACUGGAUGGGGUAGAUGAACUACUCAAAGUCUCACGUGCGUACGCGCGCGUGCGUGGUUCUUAAAAGAUAAGGUGUUCCGACAUCUCAAACAGUAGACGAACGGAUACGGUGUUGAUAACUUUUGGCCGUAAAACUACUGAACGCAGAACUAGGCCUACACCCAAGUUCAUGAACUUGAUUUGCCUACAUGCAGUGCCAACGUUCAAGUACAUCAUGUUAAAAGUAGAGGACUUUGAGAAGUAUGCCAUGGACAAUCUGCCAGGCAGCGUCUUUGACCACGUCCAUGAUGGCUCUGAUGAUCAGGACACCCUGAAGGACAACUGCAGGGCUUUUAAGAGAUACCGUAUUCGUCCACGGGUCCUGAGGGAUGUCUCAAAGAGGGACCUAUCAGUAACCAUGCUCGGCCACCGGGUCCAAUUCCCCAUCGGCAUUGCCCCUUCUGCCUUGCAUAAAUUGGCCUGCAGUGAUGGGGAACUGGCAACGGCCAAAGCUGCAACAGCUAUGGGAACCAUAAUGAUCCUCAGCACCUAUGCUACCAGCAGCAUUGAAGAGGUGGCAAUGGCAGCACCUGGGGCCCAUCUCUGGUUCCAGUUGUACAUCUUAACCGACCGCAAACGCACAGAGCAACUCGUACAAAGGGCCGAGAGCGCAGGAUACAAGGCCUUAGUUGUCACAGUAGACUAUCCCUAUGCUGCUAAGAAACUGAGCGAAGAGAGACGUGGAGGCUUCAACCCAAAAGUUAGCUUCCCCAACUUUGAGGGAGCUUCCUUCAACUCUCAGCGAAGUACAGGAUAUCUAGCAUCCUACAACUCAUCUGAAAUCUCUCCUUCCGUUACAUGGGCUGAUAUACAGUGGCUACGGUCUCUGACAAAAUUACCAGUUAUUGUCAAGGGAAUCCUCACAGGGGAGGGUGCUCUUGAAGCAGUGGCCAACGGAGUAGAUGGAAUCAUUGUUUCAAAUCACGGUGGAAGACAGUUAGAUGGCGUGCCAGCAACUAUUGAUGUUCUGCCGGAGGUGUUGGUGGCAACUCGUGGUUCCAAUGUGGAGUUGUAUUUGGAUGGCGGCAUUCGCCAGGGUACCGAUGUCCUGAAAGCACUUGCCCUGGGUGCCAGGGCAGUGUUCAUUGGCCGACCUGCAUGGUGGGGCUUGACCUAUAAGGGUGAGGAAGGAGUUUGCAAAGUCCUUCAGAUCCUCAGGGAUGAGUUUGACCUAGCAUUGGCCUUGUCUGGCUGUGCUUCAGUCCGUGACCUUGCCCCCUCCAUGGUGGUACCGGGACCUGAUGUUGGAGAUGCUAGAUUGUGAGAGCUAGUGGUUAUUGUGGAAAAAAGUCUGGUUUGACAGUAAUUGUACCUGUAAAGGAACCAGGUAUUAAAACGGGUGUAUCCGGCACCUAAUCAGGUGCCUUUCAAAAUCUGAUCGAUCUGAGAUGAUUUUUUUUGUAUACCACAUUUAGAAUUCCAAGUAUGAUAAAAAGUACUAGUAAACAAUCAGGGGUAAAAAUAGAAUAUUUCAAGUUAUACGUUUAUCAAUAAUAAACUAUAGUUUGGGGCUGACGAAACUGAAUGCGUACCCUUUUAUAGAAUUGCACUAUUUGUUCUUGGUUAUGUGGUUGUUUCAUACACUUCAGGCAUACAUGUAUUUCUGUCAGGCAAAGAUGACAGAAAAGUUUCCAGUGUGUCAGUCAACAAUUAGACUGAGAGUCAGAUACCAGUCCACUUUACUUUUAUACCCGAUUCCCUUGUUUUUUUCUAAAAUUGGCCUUUUUUAAGCAGGUUCUCUCUCACAGUGCAUUGGAAACAUUUCAGCAGUAAUUGGUCACCAUUUCCAGUCCCUGGAUGCGAUACGAGGGGCUCCACCUAAACCUUACAUGUAGGUGUCUGUAGUUUCUCGAGAUUUUCAUUCUGUUCAUACUGGAAUCUUUAAAUGUAUAGUUCAUCAGCUUUGGUCAGAAAGCAGAUUUGUAUUCUACACAUGUUGAAACCCACAUGUAGGGGCAAUAUAGGUGAUGUAUUAAUUUUUUCAUGUUUUUUAAAAACAGUUGAACAAGGAAGCAAAUGGUCAUGUCUUGAUGUUAGUAUUGCAAUGUACCACUAGGCUUGUGAUCUGAAUAUUUCCAUUCAUGUUUUCCAGAUGCGUAUAUUCCAAUCAGUGCUGUAAUUGGCCAUAAACUUGUAUACAACCGGUCACUGCCUCGUCAAAAGAUGAAAUGAGCAGUUCCUAUGGGCCUACUCAGGUCUUAAAUGCAGUCUGGAAAAAAUAAACAGAAUUGUUUAACUUACAUGUAUUAUGUAUGAAUAUCAGAAUGGGAUGUAAUUUGAUUUCAAUUAUAAUAACUAUUAUAUAUUUAUUGUAAUUUGAUAAUUAUUUUUGAGUAUCAAAGAUUUUUAGUCUAACUUAUUUGAAGCAAUGCCAUAAAAGAAUAUAUACUUAUGGGGAAAUUCGAAAUACAUGUAUACCAAGCUGAAAGAAACUUGAUCUUACAUUUAAAUGAAUUUUUACAUUUCUUGCAAAGCAGCGAGCUUUAUCGAGGUUCUUCUGCAACUGUGUAAAAAUGGUAUUAUCUUAAAUAAAGGAAAUAACAUACACGAAAGUAAAAAGAUAUAUAUGUAAAUUGUGAUCUUUAAUUUUUACAAAUGGAAUAUUUGCUCAUAGCUCACUGUACUGAAGGGAAGUGCAUGAAGUACACAUAAAGAGUUUGGAUGCAAAUACAUGUAGUGAUGAGGCCAUUUAAACAAACAUUGGAAAAACAUAUCUACCUCAAGUAUUAUUUUUACUACAAUUAAUAUGGACAGUCGGUAUUUGUGCACCAAGUACCGAGCUGUGUAUGUUCAAAGAUUCCAACGUAUGAAGUAGUCAAGUCAGUGACUGCCAAACACCUUUCUUAUGCACAUGGAAUAUGGGACAAACCAAUAACCUGUUAAUAAUGUGCAACCCAGAAACCCCUUUGAUCCACAAUGUUCAUAGCUAUGGCAUGUGUCUCUCUCUAAUGCUGGGAGAUUAGAAAUGAAGACAUCAAAUGCUUUUGAUGAGAAUGCCAUGCCCUUGGCAGAACAUUUGUAAGAAAUCAUAGCUUCAGUUGACUUAAAUUUGACCAUAUACAUGUUGUGAAGAAUACAUGGACUGAAUGUGUCAUACGUGUAAAAAAAAAAAUUUGUGGGCUUCAAAGGUCCUGUUUAAAAAUUGACAAAAUUCUCCUUUGAUUACAUGUA